AUGUCGACGAAAAAGAUCAUGUUGAAGAGCUCCGAGGGUAAAACGUUUGAGAUUGAAGAAGAGACCGCACGCCAAUGCCAGACCAUAGCUCAUAUGAUUGAAGCCGAAUGUACAGAUAACGUAAUCCUGGUUUUAAAGAUGACAAGCGAGAUUCUUGAGAUGGUGAUCGAGUACUGCAACAAGCACCACGUCGAUGCCGCUAAUCCUUGCUCCGACGAUGAUCUCGAGAAGUGGGACAAGGAGUUCAUGGAAAAAGAUAAAUCCACGAUCUUUGCUCUCACCAAUGCUGCGAAUUUCCUAAACAACAAAAGCCUUCUUCAUCUAGCAGGCCAAACCGUCGCGGAUAUGAUCAAAGGCAACACUCCGAAGCAGAUGCGCGAAUUCUUCAACAUUGAGAAUGAUUUAACACCUGAGGAAGAAGCAGCGAUUCGUAGGGAGAAUAAAUGGGCUUUUGAAUGA